AUGGGAGUUUCGUUUAGAUCAUUACUUCUUGCCUCGGGGCCCUUGGCUCUCGUUGCAGCAGAAUGCACAGAGAUCAGCCAGAGACGUGCUUGGCACACGUUUUCGAACGAUGAAAAGCUGGAAUAUCUGAACGCAGAGCUCUGUAUCAUGAACACUCCAGCAAAGCUCGGUCUUCCUGGCUGCAACACCCUCUUUGACGAACUACAAGCGAACCACCAGAUUCAAGCGGCGACGGUUCACGGUGUUGGCGCCUUCUUGCCCUACCACCGGCUGCUGAUGCAUACGCAUGAGUACUACCUCAAGACUGAAUGCAACUACACUGGAGCCCAACCAUACUGGGACGAGCCAAAGGAAGCCGGAAACUUUACUCAGUCCGUCAUCUUUGAUCCAGUUUAUGGUUUCGGAGGGGACGGACGGGAGGAAGAUGGCUGCAUUACCGACGGCCCCUUCGCAAACUACACCAACUCUCUCGGCCCCGGCUAUGCGAUCCACGACCACUGCAUCGAUCUUGACGCUUGCUACGAGCACGAUGACUUUCUCACGGCCUGGCCUUGCAUCGAGGGCAGGCCGCAUGGCGGAGGGCACGGCGGGGUCGGCCGCGAGAUGUCUAAUCCCAUCUCCUCGCCCGGAGAUCCUAUAUUUUUCCUUCACCAUACAUGGCUAGACAAGAUUUGGUGGGACUGGCAAGCGAUCAACCUGACGGCUCGAUUGACAGAUAUUUCGGGAGCCAACAGACAGGACCCGAAUGUCGGUUUCCCCGAGACACCGGGCAGUGACUGGCAGAAUGGGACGUGCUCCGGUUUCCCGUGUACGACAAUUCCAAACGUGACGGACACACAGCCUGGCGAUCGGGGCAAUACCACGACCUUGACCCACGUGCUGAGUACCUUGGGGUUGCUCCCCAAUAUUACCAUUGCCGAUGUGAUGGAUAUUCAGGGUGGUUAUCUCUGUUAUGAGUAUGUCGAAGCCGAGUAG